AUGGCUGACGAAAAUAGUGAUCCUGAGUUUGAUCUCAAUCUCGAUCUGUCCUUAGGGUUACCUCAACGAAGAAAUCCUGUGAACAGACAAGGCCGGUUGGUUCCUCAAGAACAAGAUCCCGUGGAGAAACAAGGCCAUAUGUCCUUCAUGCAACUCUUGACAUCAUUCGGUCCUCCACGAGUUAUCCAACCUUCUCCUCCUACUCAACCACCUCACAUGACGUCUUUAAUUGAAGACUUGAUCACUAACGGUACAAACCCUAGGAAUAUUCCCGAACAGACUCUUCCGCUAUAUUCAUCGCCUUCCGUACAAACCCUUCACCUCCCUCAACUGAACCAGGUUGAAACCGUGGCCUUGCAAACUCCCAGAUUAGCGGUCCCGUUGCAUUAUCAACCUUCCGGACAACUCCUUCACCCUCCUCAAACCGUGGCCUUGGAAACUCCCCGCAGAGGUCGGAAACCAGGAGGGCAAGCACGUCGUAAAUUAAGAAAAGCGGGUGCGGUUAAAAAAAAGGUGCCUGUCGCUGUGCCUGUGGCUGUGGCUGUGGAUGACAAGGUGAUCAUACCACCGUAUCCAUGGGCUACGAACAAGCUAGCCGUACAUCAUACCAUCAGUGAAUUGACUGCCAAUAAUAUAAACGUGAUCUCUGGUCAAGUCCACUGCAAUCCUUGCGAUAGGACUCAUACGAUAUCUUACAAUCUGAUGGAGAAGUUUUCCGAAUUGUAUGUGUACAUUAGGGAUAACAAGGAGGUGAUGCGUACUCGAGCACCGGCUAAAUGGUUAGCUCCGGAACUGAUUCCGUGCGGGACAUGCAAGACUGACAUGAGGCCUGUGAUAAACGAGAGCACGGAAAAAAUUAACUGGCUGUUUCUUUUGUUAGGGCAAAUGUUGGGAUGUUGUACUUUGGAACAACUCAACUCGAUCCCCAAGGACCAUUUAGCAUAA